CUAUUGUUAUUUAAAUCAUUAGCCACUGUUCGCCUACGUAUUACUUGCCAAAAAGCUCAAAUAUGUGCAGACUGUUGUCAUGACCGCAACACAACAAAAUGUCCAAUGCAGUCUGGCUUUAAUACAACUCUUACAAGGACAAAGACUUUCUCCAAGUUUGGCCUGCCCCUUUAACAGCAGUUCAGCCCUAGUGGUGAUUAUCGGACUGUCCGGUUCCCUGGAAACUCUGCGGCGCAGCUCUCACUUUAAACCGGGAUCAUGGCGGCUCCGCUCGGGCGGGACACACUACCUGAGCACUGGUCCUACGGAGUGUGUGGGGAUGGCAGGGUCUUUUUCAUCAACGACAAAACUCGCGGAACUACUUGGCUUCAUCCCCGCACUGGUGAACCUGUCAACUCAGGACACAUGAUACGAUCAGAUUUACCGCGGGGGUGGGAAGAGGGCUUCACCGAGGAAGGCGCCAGCUACUUUAUAAACCACAACCUAAGGACGACGACAUUCAGGCAUCCUGUGACGGGACAUAUAUCCUCAGAAAACACUGACUUCAUUUUACAAGACCAGGCAAAUUUACACAUGUCCAAGCCACCACCAGAGCCGAGGCCUCCCAGUAUGGUCAGCGAGUCCUCUGUCGCCGUCUCCUCAUCCCCUGCGGACACCACCUCAGGAUCCAGGAGUUUGAAACCCAGUGGGAAGGUGCAUUGCUUUGGCAAGCGUGACCAUUCCAUCAAAAGGAACCCUAAUGUCCCAGUGGUGGUGAGAGGAUGGCUCUACAAACAGGACAGCUCAGGCAUGAGACUGUGGAAGAGGAAAUGGUUUGUGUUGUCUGAUUACUGCCUGUUUUACUAUAAAGAUAGUCGAGAGGAGACGGUUCUGGGAAGCAUUCCUCUGCCUAGCUAUGUCAUUUCCCCCGUGGGACCCGAGGACCACAUCAGCCGCAAAUAUGCCUUUAAGGCCUGCCACACGGGGAUGCGCUCCUACAUUUACAAUAAGAAUUCUCUGAUUGGCUCGCAGGCAGAGCACUGUGGCAUGAGGACCUAUUUCUUCAGCGCUGACACACAAGAGGACAUGAAUGGCUGGAUCCGGGCCAUGAACCAGGCUGCACUGAUGCAGAGCCAUGGCUUGAAGAGAGAAGCUGAAAGAAGCUUCAAAUCUGAGCAGCAAGCAACCCCCCAGACCAACCAUUUCAGCAGCAGCAUCAGAAGCUCCUCCCAGGCUGAGGGCCUCCAGCAGACAGUACAUGUGGAGGUGGCAGAGCUGAGGCCAGAGCGAGAUGGGGAGGACUGCUACGUUUACAGCAAGGAACUGAUUGAGGAUCCUGUUAAAAUCUCCUCUGGGGAGUUGGAGAUGGAAGGGUUUUCCCAAUCAGGUGCCCAUUCUCGCCCACCUUCCACAGUGCCCACUCACAGGAACGGGCUGCCCCCCUCGGCCAUACCUUCUGAUCAGAACGGGAACGUGGUGUAUAAGAGGGGUCUCGUCCCCCGUACUGACACAGAGAAAAAGGUGCAAAGGAAAACUGCGCUGGCUCAGGUUGAGCACUGGGUGAAGGUGCAGAAAGGAGACCCCAAAAGCCAUCCCACUGUUGAGUACACCCUACCCAGACGGACACCACCUCUCCAGCCUAAGUCCGUCAUGAUGGAGACGUACCAGUCGUUGCCAAAGACCACUCGCCACCACUCCGGAAGCAGUUCCCCACCAGUGCCCCGCAACCUGCCUAGUGACUACAAGUACGCCCACGACCGGCUUAGUCACUUUCGUAUGUCCACUGAUGAGCGGAUGGCCACUAAAGAAGGCAUGGUGUGGCAACUGUACGAAUGGCAGCAGCGCCAACAGUUCCGCCAUGGAAGCCCCACUGCACCAAUCUACACCGGCCCUGACUACAUGGACACAUCUGCCUUCAGAGUUACUCUGGAAAUGCCACGAUCCAUAUCUGUGCCACCAUCACCAUGUGACAUACCCCCACACGGUCACCCCUCAAAGUCCUUGUCCCCUCGCAGGCCCCACACGCCCGCAGACAGGGUGACGGUGCGUCCGCUGGAUGACUUCUCCACCGUGGACACUCCCAGUUUGGGUUCUCCCAGAGGAAUAUGUUCCCAGAUCUCAAAGACCUCACAAAUAGAGAGGAGAUCCAUGCCCACAAUGGGAUACAUCACACACACAGUCAGUGCACCAAGUCUGCAUGGAAAAACGCCGGAGGAGUUGACCCUGCUGCUCAUCCAGCUCAGGAGACACCGGGCCAAGAUGGCCAGCAUGUGCAGCGACACAUUCACACACCUGCAGCACCAGCACAACGGCCUCUCAGGCCCCAGUUUGCAGGCAGAUGACACUUACAUCCAGCUGAAGAAGAACCUGGAGUAUCUAGACCUGAAGGUAACUGGACGUGACUCGCUUAAAGAUCGACCGCCUCGGCCGGUUAAAAUAGCUGAAAGUGACAUAGAUGUAAAGCUUAGUAGGUUAUGCGAGCAAGACAAGAUCCUACAAGAGCUGGAGGCCAGGAUACGCACACUCAAAGAAGAUAAGGACAAGCUCGAGUCAGUUCUGGAUGUUUCCCAUCAGCAGAUGGAGCAGUACCAGGAUCAGCCCGGCCAUGCAGAGAAGAUUGCCUAUCAACAGAAGCUGUUACGAGAGGACGUGGUCCACAUCAGGGCGGACAUCUCCCAGGUGUCCACGGAGAUGGAGAACGCUUGGGCUGAGUACAGCCAAUUGGAGAGAGAUGUGGACAGACUGCGUUCAGCCCUUCAAGACCAGAUGACACACAGUGCUCUCUCUCAGCAGGAGAAAUCUCAGCUGAGGAAGGAGCUGUGGCGGAUCGAGGACGUGCUUGCAGGCCUGAGCUCCAGCAAAGCCAACUACAAAGUGACCAUUGACUCUGUUCGGCAUCCAGGUGAGAGCGGGCCCUUGCCUGCCUUCACCCCCAUGCACUGGAACACAGACCGAGAGAGGAAACUCGUGCCUUCAGCGUCAUUGUCCGCAGUGCCUUCUCUCUCUGCGAGCCCAUGUGUGGGUGAACUGAAAGCUGCUCAGUCCAGCCCCCAUCUCAGCCCGGUGCAGUCUACCCAGCAGCCCUUGCAGCUCUCACGUACAGCACACAAGCCAAAAUGGCCUGAAGAAGACGCUCCACCCAGACCCCCUCUUCCUCACCUCUACAGUCCAGACGAACACCCCCCGGCUGUGCCCCCUCUCCCCAAAGAGACCUCCGUCAUCCGCCACACAUCAGUACGUGGCCUGAAACGACAGUCUGAUGAGCGGAAGCGUGAUCGUGAGAUCGGACAGUACCCUAACGGAGACCAUAAGGUUGAGAUACGAGCGUUCCUGAGUGAGCCUGAACUGCUGGUAGUUGGUGGCUUGAGUCGUGAUAGUGGCUACCAAACUCUACCAAACCGAGGUUUGACAGGCUCAUCUUCAAGACUGAACGAGUCAUCUAACAUUUCAUCGUUUGUCACCCUCAGAAGAGGACACACCACCACAAGCUUGAAGGAGAGACCAAAGAGUGCCUUGGAGCGGCUGUACUCUGGGGAGCCCGUGCAGCAGCGCGGCCGCAUGAGCGCCGAAGAGCAGCUGGAGAGGAUGAAGCGUCAUCAAAAGGCUCUCGUACGAGAGCGCAAGAGAACGCUCAGCCAGGGCGAGCGGCAGGCAUCCUCAUCUCGUGCCUCCUCCUCCUCCACAUCCAGACCCGUGUCUGCAGACCUGGGAUCAUGGAGGAGAGAGCAGGACUUUGAUUUGCAGCUUCUGGAGCGGGCCGUGCAGGGUGAAGGGAGACCAGUCGAGCACAAAGAGAGACAGCGCUCUCACUCAGACGAAUGGUUCACCCUGAGCAGCACACCCAUGAGAGAACUAGAUCUGGAGCCUCUGGACUACCAGCUGGACCUCAGCAAAGAGCUGGCAAAGCCACAAAAGGUGGCCAUCCCUGAGCGCUAUGUGGACAUGGAUCCAGAAGAGCCCCUCAGCCCACAGGAAAUGGAGGCCAGACAUCGUAAAGUGGAACGAAUCAAGAGCAUCCUGGCUAAGUCUAGUGUCCAGAAUAUACCUCCUCCUGCAGCAGUAGACAAGCCAGUGCUGCUGGGCAUAGACUCAGCUCUACAGGAGCAAGAGAGAAUCAUCACCAUGUCCUAUGCCUUAGCAUCAGAGGCCUCGCUCAAGAGCAAACAAGUGGCAGCCUCACCGCCGGUUAACAGUCCCACCUCACUCCCUCCACCUCCACCACCUCCUCCUCUUCCUCCCCCCGCUCCUGUUGCCGUCUCUACGGCUCAGUCUGCCCCCCCUCCCCUGAGCAAUGGAUUUCACUACACCUUUGUCUAAUCAGAGAACAACAAAGUAAGAACUAACUGCUAACCGUUUAGCACGGAAAUGCGCUUUUGCUAAUUGUUCCCUGUGUGUUUUGGCACCUUUUCUGACUGCAUGCUGCAUGAUUGUGCUUCAUCAGGGCUUGUGCUUUAGUAUCGAGGAACUUCAUGAGUAGUGUAGAUUGGCCCCCCUCUACACAACUGCCUCCACAUCUGGAGAUGGAGAGGUGUGUGAAUUGUGUGCAAAUUGGCUUUUUGUUUGCCGAUAAGCCUAAAAAGCCAUAAACAAAUGCUGUCUUUUGUUAAUUGUUUGUAAUUACCAAAGACUCAGGGCAUCGCUAAGGCAGCACAUGCUGUUGUGUUGCCAAACACCACUUGCUUUGCCAUCUGUAAUCUGUAAAGAGCUUUUGUGUUUCAAUGUCUGUGACUCGCUGAAAUAAACAGCAGAACUACUAUCAAGGUUUUGUGGGGAAAAAAGGAAAAACGUGGCACUUCGUCUUUGGACACUUUAUAUGUGUGUGCAUCUCUCCAAAGCUAUUUUAGGGCAGUUCAUUAAAAAGAGCAUGACCUCCACCUGCAUUGUGUGUUCUGCUUCUCAGCAUGCCCCAAAUCAGUGAACUGCCAUGAUUUCCCAUUUGACACAUGCAAAUUACGAGCUAUUAUGUGCAGUAUCUGAAUCACUGUCCAAAAAUACAGUACACUUUUGGCCCCAUUAGGUCUUAAAGGCCUUUCAUGAUUUUUAGAUUGUAAAUCAUUAUCUAACAUGUAAAUAAACCCAUUAUGAAAAGUUAGCUAGUCUUACCUUUAGAAAUCCUGAUCCUGGUUAUGUAUAUAUACUGAAAAAUAAAUAACUAAAUAAAUAAAUAUAACUAUAGAUCUCCUACUGAGUUGACAGAACAUUACUGUAUAUAUUUGUGUCCCUGAACCUUAAAGUCUAAGUUUGUUAAAAUUGAGUUGUUACAUCAUCUGAAAGCUGAAUAAAUAAGCUUUACGUGAUGUAUGGUUUAUUAGGAUCGGACAAUCUUUGGCCGAGAUACAACUAUUUGAAUAUUUCGAAUCUGAGGAUGCAAAAAAAUGUAAACUUAUUUAUUUUAAAGUUGUCCACAUGAUGAUCUUAGCAAUGCAUAUCACUAAACAAAAAUAACGUUUUGCUAUAUUUAUGGUAGUUACGGUUAACUACCGUACACAUAAUUACGGUAAUGUUUUUUGGUAUAAAUUUUGACACGUACAAGGUUUUUUCUUUUUUUUUUUUCUGUUUUGGCUAUUGCUAAAAAAAUACCCCAGCGACUUUGACCCUGUGGUCCAGGGUCAAACACAUAUAUAUAUAAGAAUAAUAAUAUAAAACAAGAAAAAAAAAUCUUGCUAGAAAAUAAAAUCAUUUGUGUUUUAAACUAUAUUCAGACAUGCCCCAAAUAUAGGAGAAUUUUUUUUAAUUGAAUAGAAAAUGAAUAUCCUCAUUAACAACAAUACUAAGUUUG